UUGGGCGGAGCUCCGCUGGAGUUCAAAUGGCUCGUUAUAGGGCGGGCUUGCUCCUCCUCGCCGUCGUGCUCUCCCUGGUCUUCGCCUCCUUUGGAGCGAAGAGCUAUUACGAGGUGCUGCAGGUUCCGAAGGGUGCCUCCGAUGAGCAGAUCAAGAGGGCGUACCGGAAGCUCGCGCUCAAGUACCACCCUGACAAGAACCAAGGGAACGAAGAGGCCAAUAAGAGAUUUGCCGAGAUCAAUAAUGCAUAUGAGGUGCUUACUGAUUCGGAGAAGAGGGGUAUCUAUGACCGAUACGGGGAGGAGGGCCUCAGGCAGCACGCCGCUGGUGGUGGAAGGGGUCCCGGGAUGAACAUUCAGGACAUCUUCAGCAGCUUCUUUGGUGGUAGCACCCGUGAGGAAGAGGAGAGAAUUCCAAGAGGUGAUGAUGUAAUUGUAGAGUUGGAUGCUACAUUAGAAGAUUUAUACAUGGGUGGUUCACUAAAGGUAUGGAGGGAGAAGAAUGUUUUAAAAUCAGCUCCAGGCAAGAGGCGUUGUAACUGUAGAAAUGAACAACGUCACAUACAAAUUGCACCUGGAAUGUAUCAGCAGAUAUCAGAACAGGUUUGUGAGGAAUGUCCAAAUGUGAAAUAUGAGCGAGAAGGUUACUUCAUCACAGUUGACAUUGAGAGGGGAAUGAAAGAUGGUCAGGAAGUGACCUUUUAUGAGGAUGGUGAGCCUAUAAUAGAUGGAGAAAAUGGUGAUCUUAAGUUUAGGAUUCGAACUGCAGCUCAUGACCGAUUCCGAAGAGAAGGCAGUGAUCUAUACACAACAGUGACAAUUUCUUUGCUUGAAGCUCUUGUUGGCUUUGAAAAAACCAUGAAGCAUCUCGAUGGCCAUCUAGUGGAUAUCGGCAUGAACGGAAUCACCAAACCUAAAGAAAUUAGGAAGUUCAAAGGUGAAGGAAUGCCUGUGCAUAUGAGCUCAAAGAAAGGAGAUCUAUAUGUUACUUUCGAAGUAUCCUUCCCUAGAUCGCUAACUGAAGAUCAGAAAACCAAGAUCAAGCAAAUUUUUUCUUGAGGUUUCCUUGACCAUUCUUGGUGCUUGGUAAAGCUAGCUUUACUGUUCCAUGAAUGGAUUCAACCAUGAGUCUACAGUCCCAGUAAUUUGUGCAAAUUAAAUGACGUGAUUUGCUACAAAAUCUAAAGCUGGGAUUCAAUUUUUUUUAUCUUGUUUUGUUUGGCCUACUAUUACACUUGGCAGGUAGCUUCUGAAUAGUUAGUAACAAGGUUGAUUAAAAUUUUGCACCAAGUCUAUCUUUGGCCUGCAAGACUAUUGAACGAGAGGACUAAUAUAGUAACGAUUAUAUUUUUGAAAUAGUUUACAGCAUUUUUUCUUCAAA